ACCGGGGCGGCGGCCCCGUCGCCCCAAAAAGUGUCGGCGGGGUCUGAGCUCCCUCCCGAAGGCACCUGAAGGGUUUCAGGGUGUGGCAGCCGGGAGCGUCCUUCAAACCGGACCGAGGAAAGUGCGAGGGGUCAGCGGUGCCAAAUGCGAGAGGCAGACGAGUAAUGGGGUGGUUUGCUGGACUGGAAACGAGCUGUCCGCGAAGGUGGCUCUGCUGAAGUCUCUGAAAACUGCAGCACUGCCCUGGGGACCACACACUCUGCAGAGCCAUGCGUGUGGCCGUCAUCGGGGCCGGGGUGAUGGGCCUCUCCACCGCCCUGUGCAUCCACGAGCAGUUCCAUGGCCUGCUGCCCGCCCUGCACAUGGAGAUCUACGCGGAUCGCUACACACCGCACACCACCAGCGACGGGGCAGCCGGCUUGUGGCAGCCCUACCUGAGCGACCAUGGUGACCUGCAGGAGACGGUCUGGAACAAAGAGACGUUUGAUUACCUCCUCGGACACCUGGGCUCACCAGCAGCAACAGAAAUGGGACUUUUCCUAAUUUCUGGCUACAACCUGUUCACGCAGCCGGUGCCGGACCCAUCUUGGAAGAACAUUGUCUUGGGAUUCAGGAACUUGACACCAAAAGAGCUGGAACUCUUCCCUGGUUACAGCUACGGCUGGUUCAACACGGCGAUGGUGCUGGAGGGCAGGCGGUACCUGCCGUGGCUGAGCAACCGGCUAACACAGAAGGGAGUGAAGUUUUUCCAUAAAAAGGUGGAAUCUUUCCAGGAGCUGUUUGCCCAGGGUGUGGAUGUUGUGAUCAACUGCACGGGGGUGCGUGCGGGGGAGCUGCAGCCUGACCCGGAGCUCCAGCCCGGCCGUGGACAGGUCAUAAAGGUCCUGGCCCCAUGGGUGAAGCAUUUCAUCAUCACUCACGACAUCGAAUCUGGGAUCUACAACUCACCGUACAUCAUACCGGGGAGUGAGUUGACCGUCUUGGGUGGGAUCUACCAGCAUGGAAACUGGAACGAAGAAAACAGCACCCGGGACCACAAAACCAUCUGGGAGAGCUGCUGCCGGCUGCUCCCCGCGCUGCAGAAAGCAAAGAUCGUGGAGGAGUGGAGCGGCUUGAGACCAGCGCGUCCCCGGGUUCGCUUGGAGCGGGAGACCCUCCGCCACGGGCACGGCCAGGCCGAGGUGAUACACAACUAUGGCCACGGCGGGUUCGGGAUCACCAUCCACUGGGGCUGUGCCAUGGCAGCAGCCCGGCUCUUCGGCAGCAUCCUGCAGGAGCAGCGCCUGGCCCAGCCCCGCUUGUGAGGCGCCCACUGCCCCGGGAUCCUGUGACAGCAGCACCUCGGAAAUCACAGCAGGAGGAUGCGAAUAACACAGCGACACACGUGGGUCAUUCAACCCUCCCGCCAGCUCCAACACCCGUGCGUAGCGUCUCGUUUUCAGGUCGCUGCCAGUUCUGUCACUGCCAUUUGCCAGACACCUGAUUUCCCUCCACCUCCCCAAAGGAAAUGCUUUAAAAAACGGACUAAUUAUCUCCGACCAAGCACACUUCUGUCCUGGGGAUCAGUUUGCAAAGGGCAGGCAGGGUUCAGCUGCAACCUCGACAGUCCUGCAGUUCAUCUGCACAAUGGGGCAGGAUCUGAAACGGAGCCGGUGCCACCUGAGGACUUCACUGGCCGCUCUGACACCCAGUGUGUAAUUAGAUUUGCAAGCUUCCCCCCAGGAGGCAAAAGCUCCUUAGUAGGAAGAAGCUCUGAAGCUCCCAGGGCAGUAACAACAGCUCCAAAAGCACGUGCUGCAGUUACAAUGGCUUUUCUUACGUUCAUGCCAGGACAGAGCACGGGUCUGCAGCACCUGGUUAGUGUAUCUGGCACUAGACAGCAGCUGUUGCCUAAAAUGGGCUUUCCAAAUGAUGUUUUUAGCAACAAAAGCAACAUGUUCCAGCCAGACUCUAUAUAUAGCAGAGAGGACAUGCAAAAUAGCUGUUCUUGUCCCUAAAACUCCCACGGGCCCUCCAGUUUCUCAUUUCUGUGUGACAGGGCUGGAGCGGCGGCUCCCAGAGGAGCUGCCUCGGGGUGGCUGUGCCCCCCAAAGGACCUGGGGACAGCUCUCGGGGGCUGUGACAUCUCAGGGGUGUUCAGUGCCACUGCUGGGGACCCAACACAGUAUUCUGAAGAUACACUUUGGCCGAUUUUUUUCUAUGCCAGGUAAAUAAUAAUAAUUUUUUUAAAAAUCACAGACAAGGUAGUGAAUGAUCAAGAAGCAUUAACCUCAAAUGCAAAGGCUGGUUUUGUCCCAAGCCCAGCACACAGUGCCUGGCUCGCUCUCCUCGCAGAUAAACCAACUGUUUCUUACUCAUCUGUGAUGCAGCUUCUCUCUCCGUCAGACUCCAUGCACCAGAAACAGCUCCCCAGCCUGGUUUGGGAUGUACCAGGCAGCUGCAUCUGGUGCAUGAGAUGCUGCGGUGCCGCUGGGUCCUGUUGCCUCCCAGGCACCUGAAUUUAAACCAGCCCCAUUAAAGCGCACAUUCCCUGGGCUCAGCCUGGCACCAGCACUGUUCCCUGUCCAAGGACCUGUCUCCUUUCAUCCUGCUCCAGUUCCACCACGGAAAAGAGAAACUGAUGAGCUGUGCUGAGAGCGUCUGCUAAGUGUCUGCCCUUUUGUAAAGGCAGCAAUGGUGACUCUCACCAUAAGGGCUGGAAUUUCUCAGCAGCUGCUGCCCCGUCCCCUUCCCGUCCUCCCCCACUUUUUGUAAAGGUACAGGGGGUUGUGUUUGCCUCUGCGGUGACACCUGCAGUGCCGGCAAAGGGACAUCGCAUGGGAAUUCUCAUGUCUAUGGCACUUGAGUCCAAGGCAACAACCCACAGUCGAUGGCAGCGAUGAGAAAACGAAGAGCCGCCGUCACAUCCAGUCUGUCUCUCAAAAGGGUUUCCACUUGAUGUGGCAGCUCACCUGAUCCAUCGCGGCCACGAGCAACAAAAGAGCGGAAAAAAGAAAACAAUAGCUAGAGAAAAUUCACCAUUGAUUAAUGCUAAAGCAAACGGUCUGUGAUACCGCAUCAGUAGACACCACACAGUGAAACAGCAUCUGCUCUGUUUCACUUAUUCCAAAUGGGAUAUUAAGGACCAGAUUCUCCUCCCGUUUGCGCUGCUGUAAAUCCAAAGUCACCCGUUUUCAGAAGAGCUGCGCUGGGUAAGCGGGGCUGUAACAAAUCCGUGCACAGCUUGUAAGUGAUUCUGCUGAUCUUAGAGCCGGUGGGAGCAGCUGUCCUGGGAUCUGACCCGGCCUCUCAGAAAUCAAACAGAAAUCAUCAUUCUAUUUGCAGCCUAAUUUUGCUUAUUUGCUAGAAGGCCAAGAGUUAAUACGUGCGCACAAUAAAGGUAAUAUUCAAAUA